CCUCCCCGCUCCCCGCGUUGCAUCGUCCCUCCUCCCCUCCGCCAGCGCAAUCCCAAACUCUGCCUCCGCGACCCAUCGGCCGCCCUUCUGGCAAGCAGCGAAGCAAGCGAAAAGUUGCUCUCAGAUCGCCGUCGCGGUGGUGGGCAAAGAGAAAGCCGGACUUACAAACAAAAGCGAGCUGCAGGCAGAUCCUGCUUCUUCUUGCAUAGAUAUACGUGCAUGUAUAUAUUCGUAAUAUAGAUAUACAUAUAUACGCUGCAGGAGGGAAGGGAAAACGCAACAAGAACGGACAGCGUCGCAGGAUUUCCUUUAUUCCAUUUCUUUUCUGAAAGAAAAAAAAGUAUUUGCCCCCUCUUUUGCCAGCUGGUUUCUGGCAGGAGGAAGAAGAGCAGCGGUGGCAGCGCGAUUUAUAUUUUAUUUUUGUGCGGUUGCAUUGCAGUCUGUGCUAACAAGAAGCGGCUGCAGCCUGCGUGUGUCGCUCGCUCGCUCGCUCGCUCGCUCUCGGGUGAGGCUAGUCGGAGAAGAAGAAAGUUCCUUCGGGCUGGCUAGCACCGGGAAGACUUGGAUCCUGGAGUGAGGCAGCGAGUCGGCCAGCCCUCCUCCUCCUCCUCCUCCUCUCUCCAGCGGGAGAGGAGACUCUCCCACCGCAGCCCAGCGCGAUGGCUGGCGAGCUUAACAUCGGCUCCGAGCUGCCCACCAGCCCUCUCGCCAUGGAGUACGUCAAUGACUUCGACCUGAUGAAGUUCGACGUGAAGAAGGAGCCCGUGGGCAGAGCAGACCGCUCGGGCAGGCACUGCACGCGCCUCCAGCCUGCAGGUUCCGUGUCCUCCACUCCCAUCAGCACCCCGUGCAGCUCGGUGCCCUCCUCGCCCAGCUUCAGCCCCACCGAGCAGAAGACUCACCUGGAGGACCUCUACUGGAUGGCCAACAGCUACCAGCAGAUGAACCCCGAGGCACUCAACCUCACUCCAGAAGACGCGGUGGAAGCCCUCAUCAGCGCCCACCAGGUGCCCCAGCAGCUCCAGAGUUUCGAGACGUUCCGGGCUGCUGCCGCCCACCACCACCACCACCAGCAUCACCACCACCAGCAUCACCACCACCAGUAUGCGGGAGUCACCCAUGAAGACCUGUCCGGCAAUGGGCACCCCCACCACCAUCACCACCCUCACCACCACCAGGCGUCUCCUACCCCGUCCACUGCCUCCAGCUCCUCCCAGCAGCUCCAGAACACGCAUCAGCCUCAUCCUCCUUCCUCGUCCUCCUCGUCCUCGUCCUCGUCCUCUUCUUCCAGCAGCGUGGAGGACAGGUUCUCAGAUGACCAGCUGGUCUCCAUGUCGGUGAGAGAGCUUAAUCGGCACCUGAGGGGCUUCACCAAGGACGAGGUGAUCCGCCUCAAGCAGAAGAGGCGGACCUUGAAGAACAGAGGCUAUGCCCAGUCUUGCAGGUACAAGCGGGUCCAGCAGAAGCAUCACUUGGAGAAUGAGAAGACUCAACUCAUCCAGCAGGUGGAACAGCUCAAGCAAGAGGUGACCCGGCUGGCCAGAGAAAGAGACGCCUACAAGCUCAAGUGCGAGAAACUGGCCGGCAAUGGCUUCCGAGAGGCCGGAUCCACCAGUGACAACCCAUCUUCUCCCGAGUUCUUCAUAUGGGAAGACCUUCCGAAGGCCAUCCAGUGAUUCCACUUAUGAAUCCCAGAGAUUGCUUUGGAUGGACUCCACACAUCUGGA